UGCCGAUGACGAUAGGGCGCGCUAGUGACGGCAUUUGGAGCUUUUUGUAUGCGUUGUGAUGGAAUUUUACUUAUGAAGAGAUGAAGAUGACGGAUUUGGAGGGUCGAGACGCUGGCAGACUUGUGUGGCCUUCGCCUUCACGGCAGAUGGGAGGGCGAAGAAUCUAUGGGGCUGGUUGACGAUAUAUUGAGCAAUGGUUCCAUGAAGAGAGGCGAGCUAUUCAUCAUACUGACGAUCUCCUUCCUUCCUCUACGUACCCAACAAUCUGCCAACUACUCCACCAUUAACAAACUGUUGCACAUCACCUCACAUCGCAUCACUCCCACGCCGCAGCCACAGCUACCGAUCCAAAAUGUCCGACAGCACGCGCAACCAGGACCUCGCCGCCCACGGCUGGACCGCAGCGCCCCGCAGCUUCGCGAAGAACCUCGCAGCCGUCGACAAGAGCGUGCAAGCCCGGAUCUCCGUGAGCGACGUCGCCCUCCCGGAUACGCAACUCGCCCAGAAGACGUAUGAGUACGCGAAGAAAGAGCUACCCGAGAAGACGUUCAAUCACAGCAUGCGCGUGUACUACUACGGCGCCGCGAUAGUAAAAUUCCACCUCCCGCAGCUAGAACCAAUGCUGGAGACGUACUUCCUCACGUGCCUGCUGCAUGAUAUCGGGACCGUGGAUCUGACGGCGACGCGCAUGAGCUUCGAGUACUGGGGCGCGAUCACGGCGCUGCAGUUCCUAGAGCGGCAUGGUGCGAGUAAAGACCAGGCGGAGAGCGUGUCGGAGGCGAUAAUUCGGCAUGCGGACUUGGGGGAGACGGGGACGGUGACGAGUCUGGGGCAGCUGAUUCAGCUGGCUACGGUAUUUGACAAUGUAGGUCUCAACGCACAUCUAGUCCAUAAGGAUACUAUCGAGAGCGUGGUCGCCGCGUUCCCGAGGAAGGGGUGGAGUGGGUGCUUUGCGGAGACGAUGCGAGAGGAGAUGAGGCUGAAGCCUUGGUGCCAUACUACGGCGAACGAGGGCUUUGUGGAGGCGGUGCUGGGGAACGAAUUGAUGGAGCCUUAUGAUACAGAACCUGUGGGGUUUCGAGGCGCGGGCACGGAAGAACCGUGCUCGACUUCCUUGUUGGCGACCGCGGGGUCUGCAACAUUGCGUGUGCCAGUGCGUUAAGUAUUCGCCGUCGCUUCUCACUCGGCGGGUUGGGGAGCGCAGCGCGUCGUCGUUUCGGUCGUGCAAAGGAUGUGCAUGUGGAGGGGGACGGAGAGGCGAGGUAGGCCUCGGGUCCUGGGCGGCGGCUCCGAAUCGCCGCCCGCAGAGUGGACGUCGGCCGAGCACUUUUGCGCAAACCAUGGGAAUAAAAGAGGGAGUGUAGAAGAUGUGCGGCUGGCAAGAUGGUCAGCGACAGAGGAGGAUGGUCGUUGUAACGCGCAUGCCUAGGUAGUUCGCGGCGGGUUGCUAGCCUUCGAACAUCACCGUGCUGAAGUCUUGGUGCAACGCAAUUUGUGACCUUGACUACGUCCGCCGGUCGUAUUACUUCAUCACCUCCGGAGCUCCAGAAAACGCGAUUUUUUCAGAUAUGGGCGCAGAAGAACCUUGCGAGGCAUGCAGCUGGACAUCAGAGCGUCAACAUUCUAGUCGCUACAU